AUGAAACGCGGAUAUCUCCCGUUAGAAACACUACCGGCUUGGCAGCACCUCAACGGAGUUGAACUGUCAGGUGUCGCAUUUCGGAAAUUCGGCUUCAAUGAGCACGGUGCCGACAAAGGUAGCGGAAUUGUCGCAACAGACACCAAAUCCAGCAGCGAGAACGAUGCGAAGCCUGAAAUCCUCCUCCAAAUACCUGGAGAUCUAGUCCUAUCCUUGGAAACUGUCCAGGGCUAUGCAAAAUCCGAUCGCGACUUGCGCGAUGUCCUGGAAGCGAUGGGUGAUUUCGGAAGAACAGCGAGAGGCGCGAUCUUGAUAUUCCUGUUGAUCCAAUUGUCGCAUAACAGCCCCGACUUGCAAUCAAAACACACCGUUGGGGUUUCCAAUCCUUGGUCCGAAUACGUCAAAUUCCUCCCGCCGUCGUUCCCACUGCCUACCUUCUACACUGCCCAAGAACAAGAAUUACUACAGGGAACGUCAAUUGAAGGUGCCCUCGAAGCCAAGAACGCGUCCCUCGAACGAGAGUUCGACAGCAUCCAAGAGGCUACGAAGUCAAUUCCUUGGUGUCAAGAAUUAUGGUGGAGUGAGGGGACUGGUGGCCUGACGAUUGAGGAUUGGAAAUAUAUCGACGCGGCAUACCGAUCGCGCAUGCUUGAUCUACCCGGAAGCGGCCUUGCGAUGGUCCCUUGCAUUGACAUGGCCAACCACAGCUGCGGAGAUAGUGUCAAAGCACUUUAUGAAGAGGAUUCCCAGGGGAAUGCGGUCUUGCAGUUGCGCUGGGGCAAAACUAUACAACCUGGUGAAGAGAUUACUAUUUCGUAUGGCGACGAGAAGCCAGCCUCGGAAAUGCUGUUCUCGUAUGGGUUUUUGGAAGACGGCCGCACAGCUGCACGUGAGAUAACAUUGAACCUCGACAUUCCAGAGGAUGAUCCGCUCGGCCUUCCAAAGAGGAUAUUCUGCCAGAAUGACACUAGCAUCCGAAUUAGGGCAGCCCGGAGCUCCGAUGAAGUGGACGAAGUGACCUGGGAGAGUGAUCUUGCUUGGAUAGCAUGCGUGAACGAGGAAGAUGGACUCCACUUUGGACUCGCACAAACCACUGACGGAGGCAGAGAGCUGGAAGUCAGGUGGAAAGAUGAGAAAAUCCAAUCACCACGUCAUCUUCGCGAGAUACUCGCUGCCGAUCACCAGUGGGAGAUCAUCCAGCUUCGCGCGGCGGUGCUCUUGCUAGAACGGCUUGAGACCCAACUUGGUCUUUUCCAGGAGCUGCAGGAACCUAUAUCGAAAAUUAAGGAGGACCAAGUGGCCCUAGAGUCCAUGUUCCGACCGGGUAUAUUUGAAACGAUUUUCCGUUUCCGAAACAUGGAGGGGGAGUUGUUGGAGAAGGCUGUGGAAGAUCUCAUCAAACAGGUAAGGGAGAUCCCAAUGCCCCCAUCUCUAACAAGAGUAUGUCUGGACCUCACUGACCACGACACCAGAGAACUGAGUUACUGGCAUCCGAAACCGUUGCCGCGUAUUUUAGGUCGCAAACAGCGGAUGGAGAUGAAGUGGAAGACUUUUCGUGAUGUCAGAGACAAAACGGCAGCGCUAUGA